AUGGAAAGCACCAAAGGUGGUUUCUUCGUCAUUGAUAUCCUUCCCCUGAAGCAGCCCGCCGGCAAACCCCACCAUCUCGAAGCGCGCCUGCGUGGUCGCAGCACGACACCUAGGGCUUCCGCCUUCGCCCGUCACACCGCCUUCAUCGAAGACCGUGUCCGCCGUCUCCGUCGCCGCACCACCCACGUCAAAGCGGUGUGCGCGGCCACCCGCAUGCGCGAGAACGGCGACACAUCCGCCAAGCGAUCCCGUAUAGAUCAGGACAUGCAGAACGCCGAGCAGAACCGCCAGGCCAUCCUGGAGAAACAGGUCAAAUCCUGCGCCGAUACCGUCGCGCAUGCCAAAGAGGUCGCCAGGGCGCAGGCGGAGCGAACGGCUCUGGAGACGGCUGCCCGGAAGGCGGCGCUUGAACAGCGCUUGAUCUUGACAUCCCUUCGUCGCCAACGGUUGCUCACGACACCGCGAUCACGCCUUCUUCAGGAGUCGCAGGCGGCAUGGGAGCAGGGACAGGUGCAGAUGUUCACUGCGGAUGCCGUGGUUUGCAUUCAGAGUUGGUGGAGGAAGUUGAAGCUGGAGCCGUCGAUCAAGUCAUUCGGUCGAUUUAAGAUCACUCUCGACAGGGCGAUGAAGAUGCCAUUCGAGGAGCUUGUUGGUAGGAUACAGUCACCAUCGGUGAUCAAGGCCGUUGCGGCUUUGUUGAAGCGGGUUCAGAUGAUGGUACCAAAGACAAGUAUGGUGCUCAAGAACCCUGCUCGUGUGUUUCUCUCCGCUUACAUGUUGGCUGCGCACCCGGAGGAGUUGAUGCCUUCCAUGGGAGAGUCUGAGAAGGCCCUCAGCGAACAGGCCUCUGCGAUGCUUCGCGACUUCGAAUCCUGGAUGUCCGCAUUCAGCGUCGAGGGCAACCCCACUCAGGCCUUUUGGGAGACCUACGUCGACUACUACGCCGCCUUCCAAACGUGGAAGCGCGCCGACACCGAACGCAUUGUGGAGAGCAUGAUCGCGCACUUUAUGGAGCUGGAGAAACUGUGGUUGUCCGUCAAGGAUCGCCCGCUGGCUGACGUCGAGUGGGCUCCUCGCAUCGCGGAGCAACAGCAGCAGAUCCACGCCAAGUUGGCCAAGUUCGGUGAUGACGCCUUGCAGAGGUUGGCCGCUGAGCGU